ACGAAUAAACGGCAUAAUGACGUCACGGAUGGUGAACAAUUUUCCCUGCUAUGAUUAAUUUGUGGAUUGAUAGCGAUGAUAACAGAACCAGACACCCUAGUCGUACGAAACAUACAAUUUUUUUGAUCACCAAUGAGUAUUAUGGUCUGUGACCAAGACCAACUUCACUCAUUACAUACUACAUAGUGCAAUAAUUUUCAUGUAACAAAACAUUAAUAAUUGUUAUUUGUUAUUUAUUAUUUAGAAAAAAUAAUUAAAUUGUGUACAUUUUUAUGUGUAAAUAUAAUUAUUAACGUUAAAUUUAUCAAGUAUUUUCUUAGAAAAAAUUGUUUUUGAAACGAUAUAACUUAUUCUACUUAUUUUAAAAUGUGUGUUUCUUUUCAAAAAACUGUGCACUACCACUUUGUAACACUUUCAUAGCAACAAUAAAUUGCUAAGGUACAUACACAUUUUGCAGUCACAGGAAUCCUUAAAAGAUUUCAAUUAUUGCCUUGAAACAACACAUGCAUUCUACAAGGCCAAUUAAUUGUGGUGCUGUUGAUCAAUGGGAAACUGUUUUUCAUGUUUGCGCUCUAAGAGUAUCAGUAGGCCGGUGGCAGAUUCCAGUGACAACGAAAAUUUAGACAAUGUACCAGACAAACGAGUUGAAGGUCUGGAUUCAAAUGAUUUAAAUCCCCCAGUGAUGGCGACGAGCAAUGGAGCUCAUAAUGCUCCUGUUCUAGGAUCAGUGGGUAGUGAUAACUGUGGUAGCUUGCGUUCCUCGUUUACCUGUACUCGUUUGACAUCUACUUUAAACAAGACCAAUACAAGGUUGAAUAACUUUUCCACAAAAAGUUUCCAAACCAGGGUUCAAAAGUUAUUCGACAUGUACAAAGAUGCUGUUGAAGACUUGAUAUCAAUUGACGGAAUUGAAAGACUGUGUAGUGAUUUACAGAUGUCACCUGAAGAAUUCCGUAUCCUUAUAUUAGCAUGGAAAUGUGACGCUCAUCAAAUGUGCCGAUUUACUCGUGCAGAAUUUCUUAAUGGCUGUCAUGCACUUCAAGUAGAUUCUGUGUCAUUAAUGAAAAAUAAAUUGUCGGAUGUAGCAAAUGAUCUCAAUUAUAACACUGAGGAAUUUAAAAGUUUAUACAGGUUUACAUUUAAAUUUGGGUUGGACAAUGCUGUGGGACAGCGUAUUCUUCCAGUUGACACCGCCAUCGUAUUAUGGAAAUUGAUUUUUAAUAUCCGUGAACCAGAAAUAUUAGAACGUUGGCUGAAUUUUUUGGAAAGCCAAGAUAAUAUAAGAGGUAUUCCUAAAGAUACAUGGAACAUGUUUUUAAACUUUGCUGAGACUGUAUCCAAUGGGGAUCUUUCUAAUUAUGACGACACUGAGGCUUGGCCAAGCGUUUUUGAUGAUUUUGUUGAAUAUGAAAAUGAUCAAGCCAAUCAAAACAUUAGCGAAAAAGGAAUUGGAAAAAAGCAUGGCAGUGUACUUUAAAAUAACAAAAGACUAUCACCAAUUUUUUGAGUGUUAUUAGACUUAAAAAUAAUGUUUGACAAACACAUUGUUUUGUAGUAAUAACUUAAAAACCAUCGAUUCAUUACAAGCCCGUCCAGUAUUAAUAUAAACCUCUGUGGUCUUAUUUAUAAUGGCAAUAUUACUUUAUAAACAAAUCUGAACUUUAUGUAUAUUAAGUUGGACUAGUUAAAUUUCUUAUUUAUUUUUAAUUUACCUAUAGAUCAAAAUAAAUAAUUGCUAUUUUUAUAACAGUGUCUACUGUUUAUAUAAAUUUACUUAAAUGUUUGCAUAUUUACUUUCAUAUAAAUAUUUUUUCAAGUAAUUUCUAUUGUGUUCAAAAAAUAUAAAAUCUUGUCUCGGUCCUAUUAAUUGCAACAAAUUGGUUCCUUUAAGUAUUCCAAUCAUUAUUAUUUUUCCACUUAAGUAUUUGGGAUCGAGAAAGUUUAGCAUCUGGUUUUUAGUUCUCAAUUUGAGUGCUAAAAACAAUCGUUUUGUAAAAGACUGACUGAAGUUGUUAGUCAACAAAAACCUGUGAUACUAUUUACGCUUGAUUAAUGACAAGCGUUUAAAUCUUAUUAAUAUGUGCGAUUUUUUUUUUUCUUCGCUGUAGUUAAGGAUAUUUAAAUAUUUUACUAAAAAAAUAUAAAACAAAUUUUGGUAUAAGUUUUAAAAUAUAUAAUAAUAUGUAUAAUGUAUUAUAAUAUUAACGCUACUACAAAAACAAAGUAAUUUGUAUUCUUGAAUAAUGUACAAUAAUUAAUUUAAUUGCAAUAAUGUAUAGAUAAUUUUUUUAAAGUUUGUUUGGGGUCUUGUUAAUUUUACAAAAAAAUAAUAUUUCUAUGAUAUAAAUAGUUUAUUUAUUUCUAAAUUUAGUUAAUUAUUGUAACACAAUCCUUCUUUUCAUAUCUAUUUUAUGACAAUAUAAUAUGAUACAA